GGCCGGAGGGAGACGGCAGCGCCGCUGUACGGUGGCCCGGAGCCGCGGCGACGCUCCGCUGCUCUCCCCCUCCCCCAGCGACAUGUGGAUGUGAGGCUCGGGCCCGGCGCUUCCGCAGUGAGAGUGUGGCUUCCCCGGGCGUUCGGCGGCGGGCGGGUUUUAGCUCAGUGCCGAGUCGGUGGCGACGAUGAUCACAUGAGCCCGGGGCCUUGUGCUGAAGCGGAGAGAGCGCGGUCCGGACUGAGUCCUGAAGAUGGGUCUUGGCCCGAGAUGUCAACUCUUUAUUCCUCUCCAUAGAUGCUGCCUGACCUGCUGAAUUCAAAGGUUCAAAGUUUUGUAUUGUCAACUAAAUGUAAAAGAUGGGAGGCAGGAAAUUAACAGAAGCUACAUCUUUUUCGGAGAACGAGAAAGAUUUUGAAGGUGAAGAGAAUGAACAAGAACAAGCUGAUGAUGGGUUGUUCAUUUCAACCACCGAUCAAAGUGACUGGUGCCCUAUCUGCCUGAAUGUUUUUGUGGAACAAGAAGUGGCUGUUCCUGAGAGCUGCUGGCACGUUUUCUGCCUGGGGUGUAUUCUUGCAUGGGCUGAAAAACUGAGUUCCUGCCCAAUAGAUAGAACGCCUUUCAGUGUGGUUUAUAAACGAGACAAUAUAAAGUGUAGCACAAAGAUUCCAGUCAGCACUUGCUUCAGUAAAAAUUCAAACCAGAAGGAGGGCAACAGUGGACAUAAUGUCGAUGUCUCAAGGGAACAUGAUGUUUUGAAUGAUGGAGUAUGCACAUGCCUAAAGGAAACAUGCAAAAGGCACUCUGACUGGCAACAAACUGAAUUUCGCGAUAUGCCAAACACAUCUGUCAUUGCCAACAACAAAAGGAGCAGGAAUCCCAGAAAGACUAAAAAUAAGUUUAACAGAAGGAAGCAUCGGCAGUCAUGUGUGAAGAAUGACCUGAACAGUUUCUCUCCACAGUAUGGGGAAUCAGAAAUGUCCCCUUCUCUGGCUGAAAACAGCACCGAGUUUGUUGACGUGUAUGAAGUUGCACCACUAAUCAGAGAGAAGCAAAGAGGACCUGAGUCACUUAGAUUGCCAUGGCGAAAUGUUCUUGCUGCUCUUACAACAGAAAUGUUGAGAUAUGAAACAGGCUUAAUUUCUGUUGAAAAUGAUGAAACAGCAACUGCUUUACCUCUGCGAGAUCUGACAUCAGGAGCUUCUUUUCUAUUGAACCCACUUGGAUUGGGGCGUUCUGUUAAUUUUCCUGGCCAGAAGUGUGCACUUGCAGGCACCAGAGGAGGUGGAGAGAAGAAGAAUAAGUCUGGCACAACAGGUAGUACAGAUGCAAGCACUUCUGAAGCUUCACAAGGCAGAAGACGAUCAAUGCGCAUCAGCAGAGCAGAAAACUCGGACAAAUGUGCCAGCUCAUCUCAAAGGCCUCAGUCAAGCUCGGGUACGGCGGUUUCCAAAGCACCUGUGGAAAGUACACAAACUCCGCCAAGGAAGGCUGGAAAGCAAAAAGCUGCCAAAAGAAAAUUAGAGAACGAACAAAGUAAAAUUCCCUCUAAUAAAAGGAAAACCAGGGUUACCCGUAGUUCCUACAAGAAAUCUGAUUCCGGUGGUUCAGACCCAAAUGAUAGUCCAGUUGCCAGUGAAACUGAGCCUCAACCUCAUACACCUGUCUCCAGUGAAAAGCAGGUGACAAGUAUGGAUGAUAGUAGUCCAAGCCAUUUAUCAGCUAAUGGUUGUAAUGAAACAGUUCCUUCAAAAGAAAAGCAUAAAGAGGAAGAAGUUACUGAAGCAGAGCGCAGUCAUGCUGAGGAUCCAAACCCAUCUGUUGAUGAAGUGGAUUCUACACGAAUUACUGACCCAGUUAACAGUGAAGACUCAGGAAAUGCAAAUCUUCCUCCAUCUACUGAAGCUGAAAAUUUCAUGGAACUUAACUCAGGAAAAGCAGCAGAAGAUAGUCACAAAGAAAUGGUCACCAUGGAAGCACAUCAUUUGAAAGAUGAGACGUAUUCUCUGAGUGUGGCUGUGCCCUGUACCAGUGCAUCCAAUAGCGAUCGAGCUGUUGGUCUCUCAAAAUUUCCUGAAUGCCCAUCAAAUAAAGAUUGUGAUCAGGUAAAAAGUAAUUCAACAGUAGAUCAAUAUUCUGAGGCAGAGUUUACAGAGGAGAGCAUGGGAAAUCCUGAACAAGUAUCUGAAUGUGUAGGUGUCUCUGAAAAGCAGCCAACUGUUGAAACUACAGGAAUACAUGAUGAUAGUACCCUCUCUGAGCAGAAAUUGUCAUUAGAUAGUAAUGAUUGUGAACACACUAAUAGAGCUGAGUCUGCAGAGAUGAAGGAAGGCCCAGGUGAGGGGGACCAUACGUCAGGUUAUAAAAGUGAUAUUGGUAAAGAGUCAUCAGCUGAAGUGCCUGAAAGUAUUGCAGGAAAUAGUGACCUGAUGAAUGAAACAUCUUUGGAGAAUAUCGAACCCAAGCUUGUGAAAACCGAGGAAACUGCAGAAUGUCUAGGUGCUGAUACAGAAUGUGAUUAUGGAAGUAUUGACCAGCAGGGUGCAGGGACACCUGAAACAUGUAUGAAAGAUAACAACCUGAAGCAGGAAGUGACCUCAGAGCAACUAAAGCAGGAGGAGAUUGACAUGCGUCCAAUGAAAGCUUUAGAUGCACCAGAAGACGUGUCUGAGAUUAAAAUAGGUGCUGGUCACAAAUUAUCUAUUGAAAACCAUAAAGACAUCAUGGAGAAUGUUAGCUUGAAGUCUGAAAUAGAUCCAGAGAACAUUGGACUUCAGUGUGACACGGAGCUGGAUGGAGUUUCAAGUAAUCGUAAUCGGGCAUCUGAUCCUAAAAGUGACUUUCAUCAGCAGUCAGUUGAUGAAAGACCUGCAAAAGAAGUGGAGAAUGAAUGUCCAAAAAUUGAAACCUCUUCAGAAGUACAGAGCCAUAUUCAAGUGAAUGCGGAGGCACAGGAAGAUAAAGCUAAAAGUGAAUUGUUUACUGAUGGGAUCAGCAGUGGUGUUCCUGAGGACUUCAAUGUGGAUAACAAUGAGGUAGUGGCUAUGGAAUGUGACUCGCCUGUCAAUGACCACCAAAUGCCUGAAGCUGAGCCGGAAUCUGGAAAAAACACAAAAGAGAGUGAAGUAAAUUCUAUUUUAUCCCUCAGUUCAACUCAUGAGCAAUUGCUACCAGAUUCCUCUGUUGAAAAUAUCAAUAAGGAAGGACCUCCUGAGACUGAACUUGAGAAAAGGUCAGAACAGAAAGAAAAAGACAUUCCACGUCGCAAAUCUAGAUUCCAUGCAGCAUCCACAACUUGGUCUCCAGAAAGGGAAAGAAAACGUGAACCUAAGAGAUCUAGUUCAGAGUUCCAGGGAAAAUCUGCACCCACAGCUCAGGAAUGGCCCGUGCCCGUACCUGAAGAGAGCUCUGGCUCCAAACCACGGGGAAGAUCUGGUUCCCGGGGCAGAUCUGGCUCCAAGUCGAGGCCACGUUCCAAAUCACAGGGCAGGUCACGAUCCAGGUCACAGUCACGGUCCCGGUCCCGGGAAAGAUCAAGGUCUAGAUCUAGAACACAGGGGAGAUCCAGGUCACGGUCACGGGGAAGGUCCAGGUCUAGGUCACGGGGGAAAGACCAUUAUAGUCAUUUGGACAGACCUACACAUGAGCGAACUCGUUCAUGGGGGGAUGAUGGUGACCGAAAUGUCCCAACAUCUCCAUCUUGCAAGAAAAGGUCUAGGUCUCCAAGCAAGGAGAGAAGCAAGGAAGAGACUCCCAGUGAAAGUGGGAAAGCAGAAGCAGACAAGGGAAGAAAAGGUAGGCAGCGUUCUAGAUCUAGGUCGAGAUCCAGAAAAAGGUGUUAUUCUGGAGACAAAGAGGAUAAACCUGCUUUUUCUCCAGGCAGGAGGGACAGGAAUAUGGAUGACAGCUGGAGAAAUACGCGAGGAAAGGAUAGAUUCAGGAUGAACGAUUGGGAUAGACCGAGGGGGUUUGAUAGGUUCAGAAAAGAUAAUCGGAAUAGAGAAUUUCACCAGAUGUCCAGAUACCCAAAUGAGCAGUUAGCUGGAGAUACAAAUGAGUAUUUAGAUGACAGGAACCCUGAAUGGGUAAUGGAACAAAUGCAGCCAUCAUCUGACGUUCGUAUGAGAGAAAAUGAAUACAGGAAUGAUGCCAAGUGGGAAGAAAACAGAUAUGAAAGGGAUGAUUCUUGGACAAAUAGGAAUUUUGUCCCUGGCUGGAAGCGUGGGCGUGGACGUUUUCGGGGAGGACCAUUUCGUGGUGACCAAAGUGAAAUUCCGUGGCAAAAUCGAAGGUCAAAUUUCUCAGGUGAACAGAACAAUUCAGGAGGAAAGUACCAGGGGAGUGGACCGCGCAGAUAUAAUGACCAUCAGUCCAGCAGAUGGAGAGGUGAUUCGAAUCCAUCUUCUGAUGUCCGUGACCGUUCUGGAUGGUCUUCUUUCUCCAGCUGGAAUGCAAGGAAAACUCUGCCAGCAGAUGUCCAAAAUUAUUAUGCAAACAGGGGAAGGCAAGCUUCAGGGACGCAGUCAAGCUGGCAGGGGUCAGAGGAAGAACAGUACCAGGCUUCUUCAGAGCAAGAUACGUCACAAGGGGCAUCAUCAACCUUCAGUGACCAAACAAAUCAACAAAUGAAUGGUUCUCAGCAGCCUGUUAACAUGAUGCAUCAGCCUGUUUUACCGCAGCCAAUGAACCCUCCACCACAACCCAUGAACGUCUUUCCCUAUCCGAUGAAUGUCCAUCCCCCUUUAAUGCAUUUCCCUAAUCCGUAUAUCCACCCUCCUCCUCCGCUGAAUGUGCACACAGGGAUGUCAGCAGUGCCACCGACUGCUGCCGGAAAUCUACCAAACAGCCCGCCCCCACCACCACCUCCACCUCCACCAUCCCAGUCAGUGAACUUCCCAGUCCAACAGCUUGACGUGACACAACCUCAGAUCAUACCUCCUACCUGUAAUGCUUCUGAGGUGGAUGUGCAGACCAGUGUUGCCAGUGUACCCAUUCCAGCUGGAGGUCCAGGCAAGGCAGUGCCUGUUCCACCUCCUGUAGAUGUUUCUUCCGCCUAUCAGUCUGUCCAACAGGUCUUUGCUACUCUUUCUACUCCAAAGACUACAGUGGAAAAAGAAAGUCUGAAAGAAGAACCUGAAGCGGAAAAGACCAAAAAGGACAAGAAAUGUACCAUACAGGAAAGAGCCGUAGAAGAGGUGAAACUAGCCAUCAAGCCUUACUACCAGAAGAAGGACAUUACCAAGGAUGAAUACAAAGAAAUUGUCCGCAAAGCAGUGGAUAAGGUUUGCCAUAGCAAGAGUGGUGAAGUAAUCCCUGGAAAAGUAGCCAACUUGGUAAAAGCGUAUGUAGAGAAAUAUAAACAUGCAAGGAAAGGGAACGCAAAACAAAAUCCUGAGGAAUGCAGUAUCAUUGGGAACAAAUCUGUUUAAAUGGUGUAAAGAUAUCGCAGAUUGAUUACCAGUGUUAACAUGAACCCAGUGUAGAAUGAUGAAUAGGAAAUUUGUUUUCCAUUGGUUUAUAUAAUUUUCCUACAGAGAUUUUUUUUUUAAUUGAAGCGUUUGGGACAUCACAAUAACAUGAAGUGAGAAGCAUGCUGUUGUUAGUUAUCUGGAGUUGCGAGGAUAAUAUGAUCUGUCCUGGCCCUCCUGUGGGCUGUCAGUAAAUCAGCUGUAUAAAUGUGAUAUUUGUUUAGAUGAUUUCCUAAUGUAUCAAAUUAUCUUACUGAUUUUUUUUGUUAACUCUACUUAGUGUUUUUGUAAACAGUUUGUAUGCUGUACAAAUGCCUCCAGGUUUAACUGGAAGGAUGUGGAUCAUGUAGUUGCACUGAAGUCUGGCAGCUGAGGGCUGAUCAGCUAUUUCAGUGCAUUUAGGUUCUCAACAAAAAUGAUUGCUUAACUCUGCUAGGACUGUCGCUCAGUGGGAAAAUGUUUGAUAAAAGAUUUGACUCUAUAGUUUCAUUUUUGAGAAAAGCAGAAAAGAAUGGUUCAAAAUGUGAUAGUAUUCUGUAAUACUUAACCUACACACCGAAAUAAAUUUUCUGCUGCUUGUCAAAACUGUUUCUGGGUCUUGAUGAACGUGUAUCUGGGUUUAAAUUUGUUGAAGAUCAGAUGAGAAAUUUGUAUUUCUUCCCAAAAGUGUAAUCCUUUGUAGAAGUAUUUUUGUUUGAUAUUCAGGUGAUGGUAUUCUAUUAGUACAUUGCAUUAGCUGCUGACAUGUUCUGUUAUCUUUAAGUACAAUUAAUUAGUGUGGCAAUAGACAAUUUAAAUACUGGGGAUGAAUCUCAUUUUGUAAAUGCCUGUAUAUGAUCAAAUAUUGAAUGAAGCUCAAUUUUUUCUGGUACUAUCAAGGUUCUGGAUUUCUACAAUGCCCUAAACACUAUUGCCAGCAGUGCUUCAACAAACAAGAUCUGCUAAUACUGGUGCAGACCAGUAUCACGUGCUUGCUGGUUAUAGUGUGAUGGGAGUAACACACAUACAUGGUUGGUGCCACCUUUGUCUUUUUCAGCCAUUCUAUUUUUUUAUGUCCCUGCCCUGCCCUGGGAUUGCUUUGUAGUCUUAUCUAGUUAUAUUACCAAGAAAAUUGGCACAUUUCACAGUGGAACAUACUUGCAUUUUUGUGAAAAGAAUGACACAUUUUACAUUGGAGAUACAUCCAAUUUCCUACAAAACCCUCAGAGCAAAAAUAUACUAAUGAAAGGAAUAUGUAUGAGAAAUUUAUUCUAAGAUGAUGAAACCAGUAAAUUUAAUAUGGUUCAAUAAUGUUGAAAGUGUGAUAUUAACAUUGUGAAUUAUGUAAUAUGUUUGACAAUGGAAUAAUCUUGAAAGCUGUGUAUAUCCAAAGUUGCUUACCAUUUUAAGUAUUGAAUAUCCUUCAUUAAUAUUCAUAGACUGCCUAUACAAGGCAGAAAAGGUUUGAACAGAUCAUUAGAAAAUAAUUGAGUUAUGGUAAGUAUUUGAACUCUAUAACUACAAAGACUUAAGUUUCCAAACAUCUUGUGUAGCUUUUGUAAAAGUUGUUUGUUCUCAAUAGGCUUUGAAUGUAUUUCUUGUGACACUGGUAUUGAUCUCUUUAGCUGAAAUGAUUCAAUAAGUGAUGGGGCCUUUAAAUUUUCCUUAAAUAGAAGAGAAAUUUUCCCUCUUGUAUUGAAGAAAUUGUGGGUCGUAAUUUAAUUGAUAAUUUUAAAUUAUGGAACAUUGUGAUUUAUUGACCCCCUUAAACAAUCAAAGCAAAGUUUAUCAGGUGAGGGCCAUGUUAAGCAGGAUUAGCAUUUACAAGUCAUUGGUAUAGUUUGCCUCUGCAAUUCCAUAUUACUAAUUAUCUGCAAGUGAUUGUUGUGCAUUUUGGAAUCUCAAACUGUAAUUGCCCAGCACCAAAGAUUGCUUGAAUUUACCUCUAUAGCCAGUUGUGAAGAAGUGGUUUUCUGUUGAUAAUUUGUUUAUUGAGCUAAUGAGGAUAAAUCUUAGAUGUAUUUCAAUGCCUCAAUAUAUCAGAAACAUUGCUGAUAUUUGCUAUCACUGAUGCAAGCAAGGCUCUUUGUACAAAUCGUUCAGCUGGAGCUAAAUGGCUCUCUGGCCAGAACUUUAUACCAAAAGGUACAAGCUUUGGUGAAAUCCACUGAAGUGACUUAUUGUCUCACUGAUUCUCAGAUAAUCCAUUUUGUCACUGCUGAUCAAAUUACAUUGUGGUUUAUUGGAAGCUGUAAUUGCAGGUAAAAGACUGGUAAUGUAUUUCACAUACUUAUAACCAGGAUGUUAUCCAGGCCAAGCAUCUGCUUAAUAUUAUGGAGACUAAGUACCAGAUUUUCUCUGGUGCAUUUUUAACCUGAUAGAUAUUGGCACUAAUCAAGCUUAGACCUUACCACCACCUAAUCAGAUGCUCCAUUAUUUUAAUACCCUCUUUUCAUACAGAUUAUGUGCAGUAGAAUGAUUUCUUUAAAAAUGCUUACAAAUGGUUGUUGGCUCUGGCAUGGUGAUUUUAAUUUCUUUUCAGUAUGGUAGACUGGUGCAGGUAUUUGUC